AUGCUGCGCCUGGCGGCCGGACUGGUCGUGUUGGCCAUUCCUUUGAGCAUCAGUGGAUGUGGCGAGACCAAGGACUCCGCCAUAGAGACGAUGUGUGAUUUCUCUCUGAAGCGGGGACAAUGCUCGAGAUGUAUGUGUAUGGGGAAGACCGGGAAGUGUACUGGAGAGGUACAUUGCAUUGCUUGCAGCGCCCCAUACACUUUUGUGAAGGCGAACGACACCGCGAUGCCCUUCAGGCAUGGCACUUGCACCAUAGAGUGUUUGGAUGUAGCAAGGCCACAGAUGCCGAAAAAUGCCUUAGAUUUCAAUGGAAAGGAAUGGCCUACAGCCUGUUGGAACGGAACUGACGAGCAGCACUUCUUCAUCAUUGGGGAUUGGGGCGGUAUCCUGCAGAGUGGCGCAAAGCCAUUAACCUUCAAGAACCGUCCAAACAUAGUUGAUCCCAUCGAUCUCUAUGCGCAGAGUUAUGUGGCCGACAAAAUGGCUGAUGUAGCUGCAGAGAAGGAGCCGAAGUUCAUCAUCAACGGGCCUGGCUUAGCUGGCGUUGAAUGGUGGGGUGUCCUUGGCAAUCAUGACUAUGGGGGAUAUCACUACAACGUUCACUGGGACCAGAACAUUUUCUACACUUGGCAUGCGCCCAAUAGCCGGUGGCUUACCCCAGCCUUGUUCUGGAAGCGGAAGGCCCAGUUCCGGAACUUCUCGGCAGACUUCUUUUUUGUCGACACCAACAAAGUGGAUACCUACCAAACUCCGGACGUGGAUCCAGAGCACAACAUUUGUGCUAGAUCUCACAACGUUCCCCCUCAGCCUUUGGGAUGCAAUGGCACUUCCAUCACAAGUCCUGACACUUGCUGGAGUUUUUUUCGACGACCUGUGGAGUCGGCAGAAAUCUUGGCUGGCGCAGCAGCUGGAGACCUCCUCUGCCGAUUGGCAGAUUAUCGUGACUCAUUAUCCACCUUACUUCGAACCAUGUCGGGGGAGACCCCUUAUGUCAUCAGUGGCGGUGGUGGCGGCAUCACUUCAGAGAUUUUGCCGACGAAGACUGGGGAAGACGAUGGAUAUGGCUUCAUGGAUGUGAUUAUCAAACACGACUCCAUGCACAUUUACCUGUAUUCCCAUGGUGGUGUUGAUAAGAAAACCAUCAUCCGGCACACCAUGCAAGUGAGGCUCAAUCUCUCCAACAUCAAGAGGGAUAUCGACGAGGAGGACGAGUACAGUGAGGAGGAUUUUGAGAACAAGGUGGGCUCUGAGGCCAUUGGCAUGACAGUGCCAAAGGCACAGCAGGUCCACAACAACAUCCCACCGCUGGCACUCGGCGGCAUAGGAGAUCCCGCACCACCGAAAGCCACCUCCAAGACCCUAAAGAAACAUGGGCUCGUGCCUCUGGCGGAAGUGUUCAAGCGCAAAGCUCAAAGAAAUUUCAGGGAUUUGAGCAUGUACUGUGAUGACCUCACUUUGCUGAUGAAGCCGAGAGGCCCCAAGAAGACCAUGUCCAAAUCCAAAUCUGCAGUUCAACUGCCGCCGCUGGUGCACGAAGCGGGACAGAACUCGCCUGGUGACGUGGCGCCGCCCCUGCCGCCGGAUCUCACACGUUCGGGCUGGCAUUAUCCCACGCAGGCCAUUGUGCAUGACCACUUCCACUACCAUUAUCAUGUUCCUGCUGAUUCUCUGCCUUGA